GCUGUACGGAGCUGCGGAGGUACCAGGUAUUCCAGGUAUUCCAGGAGGUAUUCCAGGUAACGGCUGGCCGCUGCACCAAAAUUCCCAAGCAACUUCGGAGCAGAUCCAGUUUCCUUGAAACCGGUUUCUUUGGAUGACACGUGUAAUGUUUCAUUUUGUUGGCCAAUCAUCGACUCAAGGGGCUAGAGACACCUUCCUAGCAGCUGCAGCAUUCUUCUCAGCAUUGCACGCAAGCUCAGCUGACGUCCUCACAGAUCCUCGGGCAGGGCGAAGCAUCCUCUAACAGGCUGUAAGACGUCAACGCUAGUAUCUAUUACACACGCCCCUUCUUUGACCAGGCGUCAUGCUUUCUCAGCCCUGAAGCAGCGCACUUGGUAGGAAUUGAGCUGGCAAUUGACCAACUCUGCGGCAGCUUUUAGGGCGGUAGACAAAAGGCGUGUGGUGCAUCCCUGCCACAUUCGACAUGAUUAGUCAAGCUAAGUCGUUGGGAGCUUUUCAAUGGUCUGUACCACCUUUAGAUCAGAACCUGGGGAAAGCUUCUUCAUCCUGUGCACAGCAGAAGGUCCUGCAGGCAGCUACACAGCAUUCAAGACGUUUGACCAGAUAUCUAUAUUACAUUGAGAAGCAAACUUUUGUGAGAGCUUCGUCCUCUGAAGGGUCAGCAUCACGCCAGCCUGCUUCCAUCGAGUCGACUAAGAAGCAAGGGUGGCGAUUGCCGAUAAGCAUAGAUUUCCUGAAAGGUGGACUCAUGGAAGAGAAGAAGGGGGACAAGAAUCUUCCGCCAAUUGUACAAGCGGGCGACCCCGUACUGCACGAGCCAGCUCAAGCUGUUGAAAGCUCUGAGAUAGGGACGCCAGAACUAGAGCGGAUCAUUGAUCAGAUGGUUGACGUCAUGAGGGCUGCCCCUGGCGUUGGCUUGGCAGCGCCUCAAAUUGGCAUCAACAAGCAGAUCAUCGUCCUUGAAGACAAGCCUGAGUAUAUGACAAGAGUGGAUCGGGAUGAACUGCAAGACCAGGAGCGAGAACCGUUUGAUCUACUUGUUGUGAUAAACCCCAAACUGAGCAAGAAGGGCCGCCGCACGGCCAUAUUCCUCGAGGGUUGCCUCAGUGUUGACGGGUACCGGGCCCUCGUGGAGCGGCACUUAGAGGUCGAAGUCACCGGGCUCGACCGAAACGGAGAUGAGCUCACCGUUCAAGCCCGGGGCUGGCACGCGCGUAUUUUCCAGCACGAGUGCGAUCAUCUGGCGGGUACUCUGUACGUCGAUAAGAUUGUGCCGCGGACGUUUCGUACAGUAGCUAACCUACGGCUUCCCUUCGCGUCCGGCGUCCCUCGACCAGGCCCGGUAAAGGACGACUAGAUGAUUCUGCGUGGUGUAGAAUCGGAUGGUGAUCUGGUGGGGCUUGGCCCCUGAUGUAUUCUUCAAGGGGCGGCUCGAAUGCGGCCAACUAUACGAUCCCCGGGCAAAGGUUGAGACUAUACUUCGCCGCUGUCACUGCAAGUACACCCGUAUGAGUGUUUACGUGAGAAUUAGUGCGAGUCCAUGCGCAGCACCUGAAAUGUCCCUUCACAGCAUGCGCCAGACAUGCGCUAUCAUUCAGACGCGUAAGUUCGAACCAUGCCGCCCAGCGCAACCCGCGAGUCGGAUUCCUCCGGGCUCGUCCAGUACCAA